UCUCAAUCGACUCCCAGCACUUACGCCAAAACAUAAUGCUGAACAACAAGCCGACCCAGGCUGAGCAGGCAGUACACACUGAAGCCGAGCAGCAUAGUUGCGAACAGUACGUCGAAUCCGAUGCAGCGACCCUUGACCCACCUCCCAACGAGGGUGCGACUGACCCCGCAAAGGAAUUCCCCGCGCACACACGGUAUGCCGUUGUUGCCAGUUGCUUUAUGAUGCAAGCUCUUGCCUGCGGUACUAUCCACGCGUGGGGCAUUCAGCAGGAGUACCUGGCGGCACAUAACUUUGCUGGCAAUGAAAGCAAGAUCAAGACACUGAGCUACAUCGGCACGCUUAUGUAUUUCAGUCAGUACCUGUGGGGAAUGCUCGCUGGCUGGAUGGCCGACGUCUGGUCGUAUCGCAAAGUGUGCUUCAUCGGUGUUGUUUUUCUGGCCAUAGGUCCGCUCGUAGCGUCAUUCUGCAACCAGCCUUGGCAGUACUGCCUGACGCAGGGAAUCUUGUUUGGGCUCGGUGCCGGCCUGGUAUUCAACCCAACAUCGACAGCCCCGGCUCGGUGGUUCACUACGCGGCGCGGACUGGCGACUGGAAUCACGGUUGCUGGAGUGGGCGUGGGCGGGCUGGUGAUCGCCCCGCUCACUGAGUUCCUUGUGCAAAAUGUCGGAGUACCUUGGAGCCAGCGAAUUGCAGCAAUCUACCUGUUCGUCCUCGGCUCUAUUUCCUGCUAUUUCGUGCGUGUGCCAUUUCAGGACAAGACACGGACGCUCAAUAACUUUGACUGGUCUGCGUUCCGUGAUCGUCGUUUCGCAGUCCAUGCGCUCAUGGUGUCUUUUGUCACUGCUGCUUACCUGGUGCCCUAUACGUAUCUGCCUCAGUUUUGGACAUCGAAGGGGAUCAGCUCCAAGACCGCGUCAGUUUUGAUUGCCAUUGCCAAUGUUUCAUCGGCGGUUGGUCGUCUUGCCAUGGGAUUUUCUGCGGACAGCAUUGGUGUUCUGAACUCGCUGGUCCUGAGCUUGGCAAUCUCCACGGUUGCUGCGCUCCUGAUUUGGCCGUUUGCUACGAGUAUCGGCGCUGGACUUGUGAUGGGCAUCUUUUACGGAUUUGCUGCCGGCGGAUAUUGGACACUGCUUCCUUUGGCUGCUGCAAAGCUCUUCGGUGUAGACAAGCUGGCAAGCUACACUGGAAUUUUCUAUAGCCUGUCAGCGGUCAGCGCUUGGCUAGGAAAUCCGGUCGCCGGAGCAAUUUUGGCAAAUCCUGGGCACGGCACCAACUACAUUGGGAUGAUUGUUUACAUUGGUGUUCUGUGGGCGGUAGCGCUUGUCUUUGCGACAAUCAACCGGCGCUCAUACUCCCACAGGAUCUUUGUCAAGGAAUAGAUACUAAUAGCUAUGUUUACUUCUAAUAAUUUACUGGUUUAUCACGAUUAAAGACGC